CUGACCUACGACACUCUCAGAUUUGCCGAGUUGGAAGACUUCCCUGAGACCUCAGAGCCAGUUUGGAUAUUGGGUAGAAAAUACAGCGUUUUCACAGAAAAGGACGAGAUCCUGUCUGAUGUGGCCUCCAGACUCUGGUUUACGUACAGAAAGAAUUUCCCAGCCAUUGGGGGAACAGGCCCCACCUCGGACACGGGCUGGGGCUGCAUGCUUCGGUGUGGACAGAUGAUCUUUGCCCAGGCCCUGCUGUGCCGGCACCUGGGCCGAGACUGGAGGUGGGCCCAGCGUGGGAGGCAGCCAGACAGCUACUUCAGUGUCCUCCGUGCGUUCGUCGACAGGAAGGACAGCUACUACUCCAUCCACCAGAUAGCCCAAAUGGGAGUAGGCGAGGGCAAGUCCGUUGGCCAGUGGUACGGCCCCAACACCGUCGCCCAGGUUCUCAAGAAACUGGCCGUGUUCGACACGUGGAGCUCGCUGGCUGUCCACGUAGCAAUGGAUAACACAGUGGUCAUGGAGGAAAUCAGAAGGUUGUGCAGGAGCAGUCCUCUGUGUACAGGGGCCCCCAGCUGCCCUGCUGACCCCAGUCAGCACUGCAAUGGGCUACCUUCUGGAGCUGAGGCCGCCGGCCGGCCGGCACCAUGGAGACCCCUGGUGCUGCUCAUCCCUUUGCGCCUUGGGCUCACAGACAUCAAUGAGGCCUAUGUGGAGACGCUUAAGCACUGCUUCAGGAUGACUCAGUCCCUGGGCGUGAUUGGAGGCAAGCCCAACAGCGCUCACUACUUCAUCGGCUACGUCGGCGAAGAGCUCAUCUACCUGGACCCGCACACGACGCAGCCCGCAGUGGAACUCCCCGGCAGCUGGAGCAUCCCGGACGAGAGCUUCCACUGCCAGCACCCGCCCUGCCGUAUGCACAUUGCAGAGCUAGAUCCGUCCAUCGCUGUGGGAUUUUUUUGCAAGACUGAAGACGACUUUAACGACUGGUGCCAGCAAGUCAAAAAGCUGUCACAGGUCUCGGGUGCCUUGCCCAUGUUUGAACUGGUGGAACAGCAUCCAUCACACCUGGCCUGCCCCGACGUUCUGAACCUCUCCCUAGAUUCUUCUGAUGUAGAACGAUUGGAAAGGUUCUUUGACUCAGAAGAUGAAGACUUUGAGAUCUUGUCCCUUUGA